AAUCAUCAGUAUUUGAUGACUGCAAGAAAGAGGAAGAAUGGAAGAUAAUUCUUUUAGAUGAUUACACUACUAAAUUACUGUCACUGUGCUGCAAAAUGACUGAUCUACUGGCAGAGGGUAUCACAGUGGUGGAGAACGUAUAUAAAAACCGUGAGCCUGUCCCACACAUGAAAGCAAUAUAUUUCAUAACUCCCACCAAAAAGUCUGUAGAUGGACUUAUUGAUGACUUCAUCACUAGAUCAUCCAGCAGAUACAAAGCAGCAUAUGUGUAUUUCACUGACUAUUGUCCUGACAACCUUUUCAAUAAAAUUAAGUCUUCCUGUGCAAAAUCAAUAAGGACAUGCAAGGAGAUCAACAUUUCCUUCUUCCCAUAUGAGUCUCAGGUAUUUACUCUCAAUGUCCCGGAUGCAUUCUACCGCUGUUAUAGUCCAACUCUGGAAAAGACAAAGGAUAAAGAUCCUGUAAUGCAAGUAAUGGCUGAACAAAUUGUUACCUUAUGUGCCACACUAGAUGAGAAUCCAGGAGUACGAUAUAAAAGCGGACCAUCUGAUAAAGCCAGCAAACUUGCACAGCUUGUUGAAAAAAAUCUUGAAAACUACUACAAAACUGAUGAGAAAAGCCAAAUAAAGGCUAAAACCCACUCCCAACUCAUAAUAAUUGAUCGUGGCUUUGACCCAGUAUCAACUGUACUUCAUGAACUCACCUUCCAGGCAAUGGCAUAUGAUCUGUUACCAAUUGAAAAUGAUACUUACAAAUACAAAACAGAAGGAGCUGCUGGGAAGGAACGGGAGGCAAUUCUGGAGGAAGAUGAUGAGCUCUGGGUGAAGAUUCGGCACAAGCAUAUUGCAGAUGUGAUAGAGGAAAUACCAAAGCUUUUGAAAGAAGUUUCGUCAAAAAGAAAAGCAACAGAAGGAAAAUUAUCGAUAUCUGCUCUGUCCCAGUUAAUGAAAAAGAUGCCGCACUAUCGUAAAGAGAUUAGUAGGCAAGUCAUCCAUCUUAACUUAGCAGAAGAUUGCAUGAGCAAGUUCAAGUCUAACAUAGAAGGGCUCUGUAAAACUGAACAGGACUUGGCUCUUGGAACUGAUGCAGAAGGUCAAAAAGUGAAAGACUCAAUGAGAGUCCUCCUUCCAGUUCUGCUCAACAAAAGUCAUGAGAGCUAUGACAAAAUUAGAGCUAUUCUCUUGUAUAUCUUUAGCACAAAUGGAACUACCCAGGAGAACUUGGACAAGCUGAUCCAGAAUGUACAAAUAGAAAGUGAUAGUGAUAUGAUAAGAAAUUGGAAAUACCUUGAUGUUCCUGUUAUCUCUUCAUCUGCUGCUCAGCAUUAUAAACACCCAAGAAGGGACCGUUCUUCAGAAGAAACUUUUCAACUUUCUAGGUGGACGCCUGUUAUCAAAGACGUGAUGGAGGAUGCUAUAGAAAACAAACUGGAUUCCAAAGACUGGCCUUAUUGUUCGCAGUGUCCUCCUACCUGGAAUGGUUCAGGAGCAGUAAGUGCGCGCCAGAAACCUAAAGCUCGUUAUCAAGAUGAGCGAAAGAGUAGUGCAAGACUGAUUAUAUUUGUGAUUGGAGGCAUUACAUAUUCUGAGAUGCGCAGUGCUUAUGAAGUUUCUCAAGCCUACAAGUCCUGUGAAGUUGUUAUUGGUUCUACUCAUAUUUUGACACCUAAAGGACUACUGGAUGAAGUAAAGAGCCUUAGUAAACCGAAGGAUGUGGUCUGCACUAAGGACGAAUAGAAAUGGUGAUGUUUAUGAUGCAUUAGGAAAAGACAAAUAGUAUGUACAUACUCUUACGGAAUUGACUUUUCUAAAUACUACACCAGGACACUACGUGGUUCUGAUUAAUGGAAUGUAAUUUUAUAAUUUAAAUUUGCUACUUUUUGGGGGGAGUAGGGGGCAAAGAGAGGAAAAAAUCAACACGUGUGUUUCUUAGGUUGUAUUUAGUAUAGACAGUGUUACACUGUAAGUGCUUUUUCAAAAGGGCAUGUUCAUUCCUAACAAAUUAUGCUAAAAGUUAUCAUGAUUAUAUAUAAACUGGAAUUGUUUGAGAACUGUGAAACCUUUCUAUAAUAGAGCUAUAUUUCUAAAAAUGACUGAAUUAAAAAGGGCCUAGGUUCUUAGGUAGAGGCUUCAGAAGAAAAUUUGUAAAUACGAGUUUAUGGUAAAAAUAUUUCACACAAGCGCAGUGUCUCAAGCUGUAAUA